CGGGCCCUUUGGGGCGGAAGUCGCAGUGCAUUGUGGGUUCGCCGGGAGCCGCGGAGUCGAACCUGAAUGAAAGUGGCGCGCCGCUGAGGACCCGGGUAGAGCUGCUGCCGUUGGGGUCCGGGCUGGUUUGCUGUGGAGCUAUCGGCGAGGCGGCACAGACAUGGCUUACAACAAGAUCCCGCCGCGGUGGCUGAACUGUCCGCGGCGCGGUCAGCCGGUGGCAGGAAGAUUCUUACCUCUGAAGACGAUGCUGGGGCCAAGAUAUGAUAGUCAAGUUGCUGAAGAAAACCGGUUCCAUCCCAGUAUGCUCUCAAAUUAUCUAAAGAGCCUGAAGGUUAAAAUGAGCUUGUUGGUGGAUCUGACAAAUACUUCAAGGUUCUAUGACAGAAAUGACAUAGAAAAAGAAGGAAUCAAGUAUAUCAAACUUCAGUGUAAAGGACAUGGCGAAUGCCCCACCACUGAGAAUACUGAGACAUUCAUUCGCCUGUGUGAGAGGUUUAAUGAAAGAAGCCCACCUGAACUUAUAGGUGUUCACUGCACCCAUGGCUUCAACCGUACUGGUUUCCUUAUAUGUGCCUUUUUGGUGGAAAAAAUGGAUUGGAGUAUUGAAGCAGCAGUUGCUACAUUUGCCCAAGCCAGACCACCAGGAAUCUACAAGGGUGAUUAUUUGAAGGAACUUUUUCGUCGCUAUGGAGAUAUAGAAGAAGCACCACCACCACCUGUAUUGCCAGAUUGGUGUUUUGAAGAUGAGGAUGAAGAAGAUGAGGAUGAAGAUGGAAAAAAGGACUCAGAACCAGGGUCAAGUGCAUCCUUUAGUAAAAGGAGAAAAGAGCGGUUAAAACUGGGAGCUAUUUUCUUGGAAGGCAUAACUGUUAAAGGUGUAACUCAAGUAACAACUCAACCCAAGUUAGGAGAGGUGCAGCAGAAAUGUCAUCAGUUCUGUGGCUGGGAAGGGUCUGGGUUCCCUGGAGCACAGCCUGUCUCCAUGGACAAGCAAAAUAUUAGACUUUUAGAGCAGAAGCCUUAUAAAGUAAGCUGGAAAGCAGACGGCACUCGUUACAUGAUGUUGAUUGAUGGCACAAAUGAAGUUUUUAUGAUUGACAGAGAUAAUUCCGUUUUUCAUGUUUCAAAUCUGGAAUUUCCAUUUCGUAAAGAUCUUCGCAUGCAUUUAUCAAAUACUCUUUUGGAUGGGGAAAUGAUCAUUGACAAAGUAAAUGGACAGGCCGUCCCAAGAUAUUUGAUCUAUGACAUAAUUAAGUUCAAUGCACAACCAGUUGGAGACUGUGAUUUUAAUAUUCGUCUACAGUGUAUUGAACGUGAAAUUAUAAGUCCACGACAUGAAAAAAUGAAGACUGGACUCAUUGACAAAACACAGGAACCAUUUAGUGUCAGACCUAAACAAUUUUUUGACAUCAAUAUUUCAAGAAAGCUUCUGGAAGGAAAUUUUGCCAAAGAAGUCAGCCAUGAAAUGGAUGGACUUAUUUUUCAGCCUAUUGGAAAAUACAAGCCUGGUCGAUGUGAUGACAUUUUGAAAUGGAAACCUCCCAGUCUAAACUCUGUGGAUUUUCGACUUAAGAUAACAAGAAUGGGAGGAGAAGGGUUGCUUCCACAGAAUGUUGGCCUUCUCUAUGUUGGAGGUUAUGAAAGACCCUUUGCACAAAUCAAGAGGCUAGAAGAGCUCACUGGAGUUGAAGUUACAGACAAUUGUGGGUGCUAGAAACGGAACUCAGCAAACACUCUCAACCACUGAGUCAUCCAUCUCUCAAGGCACGUGUGAAAGUAUUUAGUAUGUACCUUUAUUUUUAUAGUUUUUAGUUUUUAUUUCAUUUUACUUUUGUAUUUGUAUGUGAAUGGUUUGUGUGCUUGUAUGUGUGCAUGUUUGCAUUCAUGUGGGUUUACAAGUAUGCAGGCACACAUGUAUGUGUGUGCAUAUAGAGGGCCAAGCAACCAGGUGUUUUUUUCAGUCACUCUCCACCUUAAAUACUAAGACAGAGUCUCUUGCUAAACCCAAAACUCACUGAUUCGGCUGGUCUGGCUGGCCACUUUGUUCUGGAAGUUCUUUGUAUCUGCUUUCUGUGCACUGGGGCUACAAGCUGCUACACCUACCUGCUUUCUAUGUGGGUUUUAGGAAUCAGGUUCCUUAAACUUGCAUGGUGAGUGCUUUACCUGCAGAGCCAUCUAUAUUCGGCCUUUCUUCGUAACUCUUACAGUAAGCCUUUAUAUUGAUUUUUCCUUUGUUACAUAUUAGAAAUUUUAUUUUUAAACAAAGUCUGCUAUAAUUUAUAUGUUUAAUUUGUAGUAUAAUUUCUGACUGUUGCUCUAUACUUUAAUAAAGCAACUUGAAUGCUCUGAAGCCAGAUACUGCCUAGAAAAAUGUCCUACAAUGACCUUUUAUGGUUACAGAUUUGAUGCCAGCUGUCAUUUUUUUAAGGUCAAAUUCUUGCAAUUUUUUUCUUGCUGCUUCAGUUUUUUUCCUUGCAAAUAAUGCAAGAAGUGCUAAUGUUUGUAAAACCUAUAACCGUGAUCUAAGUGUGUGCAUACAACCCCCACCUCCCAACAUAUGCUCCAUGAGCUUAAAGAUACUGUUGUACCUAUCUGUAGAAGUAUUUAAUACUUUGACUCAUUGACACUGAAUUUCUGUUUUUCUUAAUUCUUUUUUAUUUUAUAUGUGUAAAUGCUUUGCCUGCUUAUAUGAGUGUGCACCCCAUGCGUGCAGUGCUUGUGGAGGACAGAAAGAGUAGCCGACCCCUGGAACUAGAGUUACUGGUAGUUUUAUACUGAAUCUCAUGUUGAGUAAGUAUGAGUGGGCCACUGUUUUGUUUUCUUUUCUUUUCUGUUUGUUUGGUUUUAUUUUCUUGGUGUUUAAAAUGGAAAUCAAAAAAAUCUUCUGUAUAUAUAUUUUUUCUACAUAAAUUUGAGUAUAGAAUAACUCAGAAAAUAUUAGGAAAACACACAACAAGCUUUGUUGUCCCUAGUAUUUUACCAAAUUUUAUAAAGAUUAUUUACUGUAUUUCAGAUUGUACAUCUUUAAAAUAAAUAGUAUCUAGGUGUGACAGUACAAACCUUUAAUCACAGCACUCAAGAGUAGAGGCAAGAAGAUAAGUAAUUCAAGACCAGUCUGGGUUAUAUGAGAUCAUGUCUUAAAAUCAUCACCAUAACAGCAGUCAAAGAAAAGGCACAGACAAAAAGUUGCAAAGCAUGAACUAACAUAGUAUUUCUAAAGGGUGAUGCCCAGUGAACAUUUACUUUAAAAAAACGAACAAACAGGUGGGGCGUGGUGGCGCACGCCUUUAAUCCCAGCACUUGGGAGGCAGAGGCAGGCGGAUUUCUUCGUUCGAGGCCAGCCUGGUCUACAAAGUGAGUUCCAGGAUAGCCAGGGCUACACAGAGAAACCCUGUCUCCAAAAACCAAAAACCAAAAAACAAAACAAAACAAAAAAACCAAAAAAACAAAUGAACAAACAAACUGAUUCCUGAUUUUAAUAUAAUUUGGUUUACUCUGGAGUUUUUUAUAUUCUCUUCCUCAAACUGUCUCAGUAAUUGAAAGAGAUCAGAAAGAUACUAUAAAGUUGCUCUUCAGCUCUAUGUCUGCAUUUGGAUCUGUGGAAUGCUGGAAGUUACUCCGAAUUAGGUGAGGGUUUGCUCAUUUGCUUAAUUGUUUGGUUGGGUUUUGUACAUGUUUAGGAGAGAGGAUGUGGACCCAUGUGUGGAGGUUAGAGGAAUUGGUUCUCUCCUUCCACCAUGUGGGUUCCAGGGAUGGAACUCAGGUAGUCAGACUUUGUAGCAAGUACCUUUACCUUCUGAGCAAUUUUGACAACUGCUAAAACAUGGUUUUUAUUAAACCAAAACUUACUUUUCUAUUGCUGUGGAGAGAUACUAUAACCAAGGCAACUUAUAAAAGAAAGCAUGUAAUUGAGAGCUUGCUUAAAGCUUCAGAGGCUGAGUCCAGGACCAGCAUGGCUGCAGGCAGGCAAGAAUGGCCCUGGAGCAGUAGCUGACACCUGACACUUGGUCCACAACCAGAAGGUGGGGAGAGGGAAGGGUGACUGGGCCUGACUUAAGGCAUGCCACCCCCAGUGACACGUCUCAUCCUUCAACAGUGCUCCCCCUUUGAAUCCUAACCACCCAGGGACCACACAUUCAUAUAUAUGACCCUAUACGGACCAUUGUUAUUCAAACCACCACAAAAUCCAAAACCGUUUAUUUAUGAUUACAGUAGCAGUCCUGUUUUCUGUGUUCAUCUAUAAUCUAAAUGUACUAAAUAAAAAUUUCCAGAGUAACUUUCAAAUAAUAAAGCAUGCUGUUGUAAUUAUCUUGCCAUUGUUAUAGCUAAUUACUUUAUAUAUUUAAUUUAUGAAUUAUAUAUUAUAAUAAUGCUGUUGUUUGUAUCUUGAGUGUUUCUCUAAAGCACGGGCAUGGGUUGAAGGCUUGAUUUUAGCCUGGGAUGCCUGUAGAAGAUCUUUGAAACUUUGAAGAGGUAGAGAUUAGUGGGAGGGAAUUAGGUCCUGCCCUUGAAAGGAUACUUGAUUCAAACCCUCCUGCCUUUCCUUUUCACCUUCCCUGAGGUAAACAGGCUUUUCUUUGUUGUAUUCUCUGACCAUAAUGUUGCACUACCACAAGCCCAAAAUAAAGCCAAGUGACCAUGAACUGAAAUCUCCAAGACCAUGAACCAAAGUGAACUCUCUCUCUUCUAAGUUGAUUUUCUCAGGUGUAUUGUUAUAAUAAUAGGAAGGCAUCUUCUAGGACUCUUAGAACAUCCUCCAUAGAUACAGAGAGACUGUGCUAUACUGGGAUUUAUUGACAUAUAGGAAGUGUUUAUAUUUGACUUAAGGAUUUAUGAAGCAAAAAAUGAGUAGGUCAAAUAAAUAUAAAUGUGUUGACAGUUCUGUUCGGAUAACAGAAUCAGGCUAGAAAUCACAAGUCAUAAAUUUAUAAAUUUGGAAAAUUUAAAAAUUCUAUGAAUAAGAGCUUUGCAUUAGGAGGAAGGAAAAUUGAUACCUUUGGGGCUUAGAAUGCAAUUCAGUUUAGUAUAGUGCUUUCCUAAAAUAAUACCAUAAAACCUUGGGUUCAGUCUCCAAACACUGCAUAAAUCAGGCUUGAUGGUGUACACCUAUAGCAGUCCCAGAAGUUGGAAGGUGGAUGGGACGAUCUGAAAACCUAGGUCGUUCUCGAUUAUAUAAGCUUAAGGCCAGCUUGGGCUAUAUGAAAAUUGCCGUUAAAGCUAGAAGAGGGAAGCCAAGAUUGAAGCCUUUUCUAAUUAGAUAACUAGCUCUUGAAUUAUAUAAUUGUUUGGCCUGAUGGUAAUAUCCUCUUCUCGGGAGAAGCUUGAUAUAGUUUGCCAAAUAUCUAUGUAUUAGUUAGCAAUAAUAAGUUAGAAUUAUUCUAAAAGCAGUAUUCAUAUGCCACGUAAUCAGAAUUAAAUCUAAGUAAAAUUUAUAUGAGGUUGAACUAAAGUGGCUUUUCUAAAAGAACUAUGUUAACUCAAAGGUACUUGAGAGAAUAUGUUAAUCAAAUAGAGAUAUUAAGUCAAGUUCUAGUCUAGCCCUUUCUACUUGUCACGAGGUCAGGUAUCACAGAUAGCCUUGACCACUAUCCAUGCGUCCAUGCAUCCAUGCAGGGUCUCAUAUAAUCUAGGUUGUCCUUAUACUCUUUAUGUAGAAUCAAGGAUGACCUUUAGGUUCUCCUGCUUUCACAUUCUGAAUCAUGGAAUAAGGCUUGUGCUACCACUCCUCAUUUAAUAUAGUGCUAGGGAUCAAACCCAGGGAUUUUUCAUGCCAACUUAGCUACACCCCAGACCUAAAAUUUGUCUCUUUCUGACAAAAAUACACUCUACUCCCCUGAUACUUAACUUCUACCUUCUGGCAAUGGAAGCUUCUUUGAUUCAUCAGAAUGAGUCAGGUAGUUGUACAAUAGUAGGAGCUGAAGAAGUAUUUAUUAUAUAAAUAUUUGAUCUUUAUCUUCUAAAAAGAAUAUGCCCCAAUUUCUCAACCAUGGAAGAUUGAAUCAUUUUCAGAUAAAAAAAUACUUAGUAGAAAUCACUAGUAAUAAACCUACAGAUAUAGAUAUGCCCAUUAAAAAUAAUCACCUACUUCCAAAUAAUCAGAUCAAAGCAUGCGCUAUAAAGUUUGAUAUCGAGGAGAAGGCUACAUGACUCAUACUCUCAAAGAUGAGGGUGCUUUUGUGAGUCUCAUUUUCUGAUUGCACAGGCAGUUGCCUUAUAUUGUAUUCAUUAAAGCACUGAAAUAUGUUCAUCUUCUAUCAAGUCUUGGGAAUGGCUGAGAAAUGAAAAUGAUUUCUGUUCUUGCCACAUCCUCACUUGCAAGGUUUUAUUCACCUAAAAUUUGGGAUUAUUUUCAUCUACAUAUCAGCUAUGGGCUUUCUAAAAGCUCUAGCUUUGGCAUUAUACUCAAAUACUUUUAAACACACGUAGGAGCACCACACACACUCUCUACUCCAUCUGCAAAUAGAAAACCAUACACGUGAGUCAGUACCCCUAUGUGUUUAUCUCCUGUUACUGUAGACAUUUUGUAGAUUCUGGAUGAAAAUAGAAAGGUGGGAAGAAUGAUUUCAGAAACCACUAUUCAAGCUUGGCCUCAGCCCCCUAACUAUACUCGUUAGCCCCUUUGCAGGUCUCCUGUAUUCCAUCCCAUGUCUUGUUUGCAGCAGAGUGUUGUAACAUGCAUGUGUCACCUCCACACUUGAGGAGCUGAGGUAGAAGGACCAGGAAUUCUAGUCCAGCCUGAACUACACAACAAAACCUUGUCUCAACAAAACACCAUAAAGCGUACAUGUGUACUCACUUGGCUAGUGCAGCUCUCUGUUAUAAAGGUAUGAGAACUGUUGGCUGGCUCUGAUAGCACAGCAUCUCUAGUCUUCCCAGAGAGCCAAGGUGGAGCGAUUGCCCUGAGUCUAAAUAGGCUGGGCAGUGUAGUGAGGCUUGUGUCAGUAUCAGAAUUUUGAUAGGUGUCACAUUAAGUCUGUAGAUUAUAUUUGGUACUGUAGCUCUGCACUUACUAAUUUUGCCGAUUCAGAAGCACAGAAGGUCUUUUCAUAGCAUCUUGGGGGUUUUCUUUUUCAAUGUUUUGAAGUUUUCAUUGUAGAGGUCUUUCUUAUCUUUGGAUACUCACACACACACACACACACACACACACUUAACUUUUUGGUGAUUCUUUUGGAAUCAUGUACUCCAAGCCCAUUUUUCCCUCUCCUUCUAUAUCUACCCUCCAUCCUUGUAACCUCCUUCCUCCCAAAGAAAACAAAAAAUAAAACAAAUCCAAAUGUCCACUGAAAACUCUGGCAGUGACUGUGUCAUGGUGUGUAUACUCUUUUGCUCACACAGCUUGACUUGCAAAUGUUUACUGCCUUGAGUCACUGGUCUGGCUUGAGACCACUGUCUUCAACUACACUAUCAAUACUGAAUCCUCACCAGGACUCCUCUCAGAUAGUCUGUUGUUCCCCUGUAUCAGAGAUCCUGCAGCUUUGGAUCUUCACGUAGGCAUGAAUGCACGCACGUUCCAGUGGGAUAGAUAGAUACUGGGAUGGGUCAACUCAAAAGUCCUGAAUAUGGGUGGUAGCUGGGUUUGGAUAGUAGCUGAGUUGGUCUGCCUGCCAGCUUUUGUGGGCCUGUGCCACCAAGGCCGGCUCUCCUGCUUUGCCCAGGCCACAGGUCUGCACUCACAUCCUCAGGGCCAGCUCUCUUGCACCCACAACACCAAAGCCAGCUCUAACUGUUAUUGCCCAGGCAGCAGCCAGAACAGGGAAGUCGACACAGCCUUUGUUGGUAAUAUGGGUCACAGACAUGGACGCAGACCCUUGCUGCUGCAGGGCCACUGACCCAGAUGUGACUCUUUGUGACAGCCCAGGCUGAGACAUUACCAUGGCAGAACAGGCUACUCACAUCAGGCUGUUCCUUACCACCCUUGUAUCUCCAGUUCUGCUUCUCUUCAUAAUGCAAAGCCAUUGUGCCGCUCUUCCUGUCCUGCUUCUCUACCACAUGCUUGCUCACUGUAGUCGUGCCUGCCCUGCUGUGCUGUAAAGCAGCAGGCAGAAACCUCCAGGGAUAUUACAUAUGUUCUUAAUACAUAAUUACUUGAAGUUAAAAACUUAAUGUGUUUGGCCUGCAUAUAUGUCUGUGUACCAUGUGUGUGAAAUGUCUUCAAAGGCCAGAGAGAGUAUUGGGUCUUCUGGGACUGAGGUUACAGACAGUUGUGAGCUACCGUGUGAAUGCCAGCAGUCAAAUCAGGUCUUUUGGAAGAACAAUCUGCUCUCUUAACUCUUGAGCCAUCUCUUCAGCUCCUGGAUUUAUUUUGAAUUGGUAUCUCUCUUUAUUUCUCUGGUAGUAGAUUGUUGAUGUAUAUCAAGGCUAAUAUAAUAUGUAUGCAUGUGUAUAUAUAGUAUCCUGCAACUUUAAUGUAUUUAUUAAGUCCAAUUUUGUAGUAGAUUGUAUAGUGGUUUUAAAACAAAGGAUCAUGUCAUCAACAAAUAGGGAUAUUGUAACUUCUUACUUUUCUCCCUUCCACCCCUUUCUCUUGUCUAGUUCUUAGAGAUAAGACAUUGAGCACUAUAUCACGGCAGAGAGAGCAUAGUGAGGACCCUUCCGUCAUUCCUGACCCUAGAAUAAAUGCUCGAGUAGUUGGCCUCUACUUAAUAUAAUGUUGGCUACAGGUUUAUUGUAUAUAGUUUUUCUUAUUUUGAUGUAUAACAUCACCAGAACUUUUAUAAUGAAGGCUUGUUGAGCUUUGCCAAAUACCUUUCCAGCAUCCAUCAAGAUGGGUAUACUGUUUAUGUCCCUAAGCUUAUUUAUAUGGUGUGCUAAAUGUAUUGCAUUGCAUAUGUUGAGCUAACCUUGCUUCUGGGGUGGAGCUUACUUACUUGGUCAUAAUGUGUAAUCUUAAAGUGUUCCUGAAUUUAGUUUGCAAAAAUUUUGUUGAAAACUUGUUCAUCUAUGUUUAUCAACGAAUUAGUCUGUAGUUUUUUUUCUUUUUUUUCUUUUCUUUUCCUCUUUCUUUCUUUCUUUCUCUCUCUCUCUCUUUCUUUCUUUCUUUCUUUCCUUCUUUCUUUCUUUCUUUCUUUCUUUCUUUCUUUCUUUCUUUCUUUUUUUUGUAGAGUUUUGCUAUAAGAAUAGAAUAAUACUGGGUUCUCAGAAUGAAUUUGGUAAUAUUCCUUUAUUUUCUGUUUUAUAAAACAACAUAGGAAGAAUUUGGCUGAGUUCUUCCUUGAAAAGUUGAUGGAAUUCACCAGUUAACCCAUCUGGUCUUGUUCCUUUCUCUGAGGGGAGGCUUUUGAUUACAGCUUUGAUGCCAUUACUUAUAAUAGGUCUGUUUAUUUCUAUCUUCUGGGUUUAAUUUUAGUAGAUGAUAAUGCAUUUAGAAAUUCUUCUAUUUCUGCUGGGUUACCCAGCCUUAUAGAAUAUAACUUUUCAUAGUAAACCUUAAUAAUAUUCUGUGUUUCAUUCAAGUCUGUUGUGAGUACACUCCUUUGAUUCCUAAUAUCGAUUGCACAUAGAGCAGUGGUUCUCAGCCUUCCUUAUGCUGCAACCCCUUAGUACAGUUCUUCAUGUUCUGGUGACCCCCAAUCAUAAAAUUACUUCAUUGCUACUUCAUAAUUGUAAUUUUGCUACUGUUAUGAAUUGUGAUGCAAAUAUCUGAUUGGUGGCCCCCAAAGGGGUCAUGACUUACUGGCUAAGAACUGCUCACCUAGAGUUUUAGGUCAGCCAAGGCUACAUAGUGAAACCCUGUCUUUAAACAAAACAAAACAAGUAAGUAAAUAAAUAAAUAAGCAGACAAACUAGCUUGUAAGAGGUGUGCCUGUAGUAGGUUGGGAUAUGUGUGUAUGUAUACACAUAUGUGUGUGUGUGUGUGUGUGUAUGUAUAGUGGUGGCGUUAGUAUGCUUGGCCCAUGGGAAGUGGCACUAUUAGAAGGUGUAGCUUUGUUGGAAUAAAUGUGUCACUAUGAUGGUGGGCUUUGAGGUCUCCUUGUGCUCAAUUUCUACGCAGUGCAGAAGAGACACCCUCCAAGCUGCCUGCAGAAGACAGUCUCCUUCUGCCUGCCCAGAUCAAGAUACAAAAUUCUUAGCUCCUUCUCCAACACCAUAGCUCCCAUGACACUUCCCUGCUUCCUGUCGUUGAUAGUGGACUGAACCUCUGAAACUGGAAGCCAGCCCAAAUACAUUCCUUUAUAAGAGUUGUCUUGGUCAUGGUGUCUCUUCAUAGCAAUAGAAACCUACAUAGUACAUAGACAUAUAUUCAUGUACAAACAGAUUAGAAAACCCAGAUUAAGUGUUUGUUUCUAGCAAAACACUUUGAAAGUUUAGCCUUCUAUUUACUAAGAAAGUUCCUGUAGUCCAUUCUAGAGUUAGUACCCUUAAAUGCCAGCAGUCUAGACCCAAAGAAGUCUAAUGCUCUGUAAUCUUUGUGGACACUUUUUAGACACUUUGUAAACCUUAGUGAUUUCCAUCUUAAACAGUUGGUGUACGUGAGCUUUCAUGCUCGUUCCCAGCCAGGAUUCAAGCCUUGGUCCUCCCUCAAUGGCAGCUAGCUAUAAAACAUAGAGUUCUGUGGAGAAAUAAACCCUCUUGAUCCCAGAGCAUUUUCAUUGUUUUGCUGCUUUUUCUUAAAGCCUGAAACAAAAUUCUUAUGUAUGUAUAUGUAGAAGGAGUACUGCCACCUGACCCUGAUUCUUGGGGUUUGUGUCUCUCCCCCGCAAGUGCACGCAGUUUCAUGGGAACUGAGUAAACAGUAGGCAUAGGAGCUUUGGCCUGGUAUGUUAGUGGUUGUUGGGGGAAAGAGUAGCUGUUGGUAACAGCUCUAGGAAGGACAGGGUUACCUCUCCUGCUGGUGCCCAAGGUGAGAAAAGCAGGAGCCUUUUGGAGAACCUGGGUUUCUGGAGCUGAUCCCUCAUUCCUUUGUGCCACUCUAAGUACCAGUGAUUAUAUAAAGCACCAAGGCACUUCCUGCAUUUUGAUUGAAAGGCUGCCUAAAAAGAAAACCCUGCCAUUCUAUAAGCAGCAACUAGUUCUUUGAGUACUUGGAGUCUGAUUUCUGUGCAAGUAGCAAAUAAACAAAACUAAGCAAAUUAGUACAUGCUACAAAGUGAAAAUCCUCCCAGAGCUCUCACUGUGGCCAUAGGAGAGAGCUGCUGACAGCCCCAUUUGGGGCAUUGUUAGGCAGCUCUGUUGACACAUGAAUCCAUUGCAUGUGAUUACCAUAAAAUUGUGGCCUGGAAAUUGAGCAGCCAUGGUGCUGCAUUUCAGACUUAACAUUUCUAAUAAGCUGUAAUAAGGAGACAUUUAAAAUGGAUGUAAGAAUAGCCAUUACUUGCAGUCCCAGAUGUAUGGUCAAUUGAAGUGUUUUUGAAUCUCAAUUUAACAAUGCAAACAAAUUCCCUAUCAUUAUUAACAUAAUUGUUCCCACUCUUGGAUCUUGAUUUUGAAAAAAAAAGAGUAAUUUAAGAUAAAGAACAAGUUGCUAAAAGAACAAAACGAGCAAAAAGAAAUGUAACUUGAGUUAUAGUCUUGAUGAGAGAGGAGAAGGGAGGAGAGAGAUUGCAACUGCUCCGUCACUUCCUGAAUAGCCAGGCCAUUGCUCUCCUGUUGGAUACAGGUAGUUUUCCUGCACGAUUAACUGGGUAGUAAGUAGAAUUCAGCUCUUUGCUGCCAUAGCAGGCUAAGUCUGUCUGUACGUCAUUCCUAUGCUAGUGACCAUCAGGUUGUAAGUCCUAGAAGAUCUUCCUGCUGCCUUUUUAUGCUAAGAUAGUGAGUCUGUGUUGGGGCUAUGUGUGCGGGGGCAGGGGGGAUGAUUAAGACAGACACAAUCCCAUAGCAGAACUAAUAGAUUUCUCAAGAAAGCUAUAUUAGUAAUAUCGUUUUUUAAGGUUUAUUUUUGUUUCAGUGUAUGAAUAUGUGUGUAUAUCUAUGUAAAGGCAUGCUGUGAGAUGCCCAUGAGGCCAGAUAAGGGCAUUAGAUUGCUUGGAGCCAGAGUUCCAGGAGGAUGUGAGCCACCUAAGGUGAGUGCUGCAAAAUGGACUUGGGUACUCAGAAA